GUCAUUAAUCUCGUCCACUGAUCAUUUCAGAUCCCCCGUCGUUCUUUUCUUUUUCAACGUUACCCCUCGCCCAAACCACAAUGCUCCCCCUCAUUAUACUAGGCGGCCUCGCCAUCAUCGCGUCUGCACAAGUCCCUUUCGGACUUGACCCAAGUUCUUCAAGGAGCUGCCAGUCGCUGAGAAAUUCGUGCAACGCCGCCACGGUUGAUUUCAACAACUUUUACAAUUCUACUGCGUGUGUCCUUUUGACUGUAUGCGAGAGCUCUGUGUUCCGCCCGGACGAGACGCUUAAUUCGGUUGGUGCACCAAAGAGUCAACCGCGCAUGACGGAGAGCGCUUUCCUUGCGAUGACGGACGGUGCACCUGCUAUGACGCAGCAGAAUUAUAUUGACGCGUAUUACAAUGAGAUAUCGGUAACGCCCAACGGGACCUAUCCACAGGACACAUCCGCCGUUAUUGCCCAAUUCAACUACGUCGCCGCUUGGACUGGAUUUUGCGGUGGGGCGAUUCCCUUCAGCAACUUCGCAGACUGGAUCCAAUACUCCUCCACCCCAGGCGUCUGCCCCUCCGUAAUGUCAUGCGACCCCAAAGCAGCAGCAGCGGCCACCCCGUGCGUCCCGCAACCCAUCACGGAUAACGGGUCGUGCCAGCAAAUGGUCAAUCAAUGUCAGCUCUGGGUUACUCAGGGAUUAUUCCAGAACCAGUAUUGCGUCCUUGCGAGCUUUUGUUAUGCGCAAAGCACGACGGAUGUGUUGUUGAGGAAGGAAUACCCUUAUUAUAUCUCAAAAAUCCCGACGAGUUUGAGUGAGGGGCGGUUGUCGUUGGAUGUUUUCAAAGCGAUGACAAAUGGAUCCGCCACGAUGUCCCAGCAAAAUGCAAUCGACGCGUAUUACACUGGAUUGACUGGGACGUGGAUAAGCCUUGGCGGACCAUUCGCCGCUGAGACGCCCUCCAAGACGAACAACAACGGUCCAUAUCCUACCUCCCCGGACUACAUCGUGAAUUUCUGGGGAAUUAUCAGCGCUUGGACGGGGUCUUGCGCGACGAAGGAGAUCCCUUACCAAAACCUUGCUGAUUAUUUGCAGUUUGCUGCGUCGAGUGGGUAUCACCCAACUUGUUAGGUGAUGGGGAAGGGGAAUGUUGUUUCGUUAUAAGUAUCGCAUGGACUUUGUUAUUUUUAUUUAUGUAGAUCGGACAUUUGAUAUUUGUUUGAAGAUGCACAAACUUGCUGCUUU